AAGCGCGCGGUCCGCUGUGCCGCCGGCUCACGGUGGCGGUGCUGGCGGGGCCGACGGGUCGCUGUUUGGGCCAUCCAGCGCCGCGGAAGGAGCAACGCGCUGCUCGCGAGCUCUCCCCAGCCAUGUCCUACUGCAGGCAAGAAGGAAAGGACAAAAUUAUAUUUGUGACCAAAGAGGACCAUGAGACACCAAGCAAUGCUGAAUUGGUAGCAGAUGACCCCAAUGAUCCUUAUGAAGACCAUGGUUUGAUAUUGCCUAAUGGAGAUAUCAACUGGAACUGCCCUUGCCUUGGCGGAAUGGCGAGUGGUCCUUGCGGGGAACAAUUCAAAUCCGCCUUUUCCUGUUUCCAUUAUAGCAAGGAAGAAAUAAAGGGAUCCGAUUGUGUGGACCAGUUUCGUGCAAUGCAGGAGUGCAUGCAGAAGUACCCAGAGCUGUACCCCCAAGAAGAUGAUGAUGACGAAGAUGAAGAAAAGCAGGGCAAAGCUCUAGAAGCUGCUGCUGCUUCUGUAGCCAAAGAGGAAGAGAAGGGAUCCAGCUAAUGAAGCUCCCUGGAGGCUUUGGUCUCCUUUCCAACUUCAAAGACACACUAUAACUUAUGCAAAGCAUCUUCUCUCCCUUCCCUUUCCUCCCUCUCUGCCCCUCCUCCCGAUCCUUCAAGGAACACACUUCACCUCUGUUCAGUGCACUGUAUCCUGUGAAAUUACUUGCUGCAAGGAAGUAAGACACCUUGGCCUCAUGGUCUCAAUAAGUAAAUGCUGCAAAGAGGUCAGUGCCUAGCAAGGGGACAACCCAUUCUCAGGCACGGCCGCUGCUUUAAUAGUUAUUUCCUUCUCCAGUCAUGUUAAGUUUGCAGGUUGACUUGAACAAGACUAGUAGAGAGGUGGAGCCAACACACAAUCUGAGGGAAAUCUGUUAGUAAGGAUGUCCGGUCAGGGUUUAUUUUCAGUGAU